UUUUGAACUGCUAAUAAAGUUUGUUUGAAGAAGCCUUGCCUGUGUUGGUAGUACUGUAUUUGAGCAGUGUGUUCAGCAAUGGGAUCUGUGACCGACGAUGAGGUUAUCCGGAAGCGGCUUCUGAUUGACGGUGAUGGAGCUGGUGAUGAUCGGCGCAUUAAUGUGCUAUUGAAGAGCUUCAUCAAGUGGUGUAACUCUGGAUCCCAGGAAGACGGGUAUACACAAUACCAGCGUAUGUUGGGUACCCUGGGACAAUGUGAAUUCUCAAUGGGGAAAACGUUACUGGUCUAUGACAUGAACCUAAAGGAAAUGGAAAACUAUGAAGAAAUCUACACAGAAAUAGGGCAGAACUUAACAGCUGCACAUGAAAAAAUUGCUGAAUGCAAAAAAGAAAUUUUACAAGCAAAGAGAAUACGAAAGAACCGGCAAGAAUAUGAUGCGUUAGCAAAGGUUAUUCAGCAGCACCCUGACAGGCACGACACAUUGAAGCAGCUUGAAUCGCUUGACAAAGAACUGCAGCAUCUGUCCCAGAUAAAAGAAAAUGUUGAAGACAAGCUUGAGCUGAGGAAGAAACAAUUUCAUGUUUUGCUAAGCACCAUCCAGGAACUUCAACAAACACUGGAAAAUGAUGAAAAGUUCUCAGACGCUGACGAACAGCAAGAAAACCAAAUGGAAACAGAAACUGGACACUGAACAAAGAACAAGGAGUCUGUUUACACAUGUUUUGACCCUCAAUCUUCAACUUGGGGUCUCUGCAAGCACAGUACUGAGAAGCAAGCCAUGCUUUAUUCUGCUGCAUGUUUAACUAACCAGGACUGUGAAGAUCCAUCGACGGCACCUUCAAGAUGUUUUAAGGACAAGGAAACGUAUUUACCAAAAUAUAUUCUCUUCUGAUUGCUUAACAUGUAGUUGAUAGUAUUUAACACAAUUCCAUAUUCAUUUGCUUGCACUUGUCAACUGCAUCCUUCAAAGCCUUGUUCUGUUAGAAAUGACUUGGCUGAAGAUGAGAAUUCUGUCAAAGCUGUUAGAAAUACCAAAGGUCACUGCUAUAUAUUGGAAUACCCCCAAGAUGGUACAAGCCAUUAAACUG